UUGACCUGCGACAAAAAGAAAGUAGACAACACAAAUUGAGGAAACAGAGAGAAAAAUACCCCUUUUCUGUACAGAAAUUGGGUAGUAGGCCCUAUCUUUAAAUUAAAAUGGAUGCUGAUGGACUGCCACUUGUUGGUCCAGGUGUAGACUACACGAAGGUUGAAUCUAUCAGCCAAAAGAGAUUGGUAGCAUUUCUGAACCAUUUUGUGAGUCACACAGCAGGAUUUCUCAACAGGUUCUCAUGUGUCUGUGAAGAAAAACUUGAGCAGCUGUCACAUAGAAUGCAGCAGCUGGAAAUCACGAUGAAUCUUUUAGAAGCCAAGAUUUCAUCUAUACCUGGGUUAGAGAAUGUGACAGCAGCCAGCGGGGCUACCAGUGCACCUCAAACAUCUACCUCUGACGCAGGCGGAGCUCCUGCCCCACCUGCUGCCCCAGCUGCCCCACCUACUACAGAAGCACCCGCAGAACAGCCAACAGCAGACAGUGCGGCUCCACCCCCUCCAGCUGAGGAACCCAAACCUAGUAAUCCAGUAUCAAAAGAUCCCAGAUAUAUGAAGUAUUUCAAAAUGGUGCAAGUGGGUGUUCCUGAGCAUGCAGUGAAAAUGAAGAUGUCAGCAGAAGGAUUGAACCCUGACUUACUGGAUACACCAGAUGCCCCUGCCCCAGCUAGCGGAGCCAAUGAUGAUGAUGAUGAUGACUUCAGUGACAGCAGUAACAACCAGUCUGAUGACAGUGAUGAUUUUGAUUGACAGCCAUCAGUCUAAAAAUAGCAACAAAUUACAUAUUGAAAGAAGUGUCCAUCUAGUGGAUAACAAAAUAACCAAGAAAGGAGAACAUGUUGAUUAUGAGAAAAGAAAAUCUUUUGCCAUUUGUAAUUAUUUUGAUGAACUUUGACAUUUUGAUUUUGUAGGCACUUCUUUGAAACACUAGUGCUAAGUCUGAUUGAUUAUUGAUAAAGCAAUAACUAUACUUGAAAAGAUAUAUUUAAGGUUGAAAUAAUAUAAUAAGGUAAGGUUGAAUGUAAACGAUAAUUCCAUGGCGACUUGUAUAUAUGAGAGUGGGACUAGUGCAAUAAGACAACAUAGUUAAUGUUGACUGGGUAAUAUUUGUAAGUAUUUUAUUUUGCUGACUUUCACCAAUAAAACUGCAAACCAAUUCCCUAUAUUGGUGAAUAAAAAGGCUGUGAGAAGUACAACCACCUACAUGCUUAAUGUCUUAGCAGUGCUAAAUGUUCAAUGUCAAUAAAAUUGUGAAUAAAAGUUAAGCAAAAACUGUCCAGUCAACAUUAUAUUAUUUGGCAGUUUACAUAUUACUGUGUUAAUCAAUCCACUAAAUGACCUGACAUAGGCAUUAUGUUUUUGAAUUUUUCGCUACAUUCUCCAUUGAUAAUAUUUUUUCUAUAUUCUUUUAAAAAGGAGGCUAAUUGUUUACAGUAAAUUAACAGUUUAACAUAUUCUGUGUACACACAUCAAGGUAAUUGUCACAGGCAAAUUGGCUACCUAGUGAUAGGGGUAAGCAGAUAAAAUGAAAAUAAUUCUGGCUGAAAGCUGGUUAUUGUCUGUUUUGAAAAAAAGUCUUUGUUACUCUGUUAAAGACUUCAUUUUAAUGUAUUAAAUAAUAUAUAUAUUAGUUUUAA